GUGUGAAAAGUGAGGUUAGAUUUCUUUCACGUUCGGGCCCCAUCGUUGCGCUUCCCGCAACGAGGAUUUUUCUUUUAUAUUCCAUAAAGUUCCAAGGAAUCCCUUGGACAUUCGUCAAGAAAAAUGGUGCAAAAGAAGCCGAAGAAGAAGGUAGGAAAGAAAGUAGCAGCUGCUCCCUUAGCUGUGAAAAAAGUGGAACAGAAAAAGCAGACGAACCCGCUUUUUGAAAAACGAACCCGUAAUUUCGGAAUUGGCCAGGACAUUCAGCCUUCCCGCGACUUGAGCCGAUUCGUCAAAUGGCCAAAAUAUAUUCGCAUUCAAAGACAGAAGGCUGUCCUAGCGAAGAGAUUGAAAGUCCCGCCUCCAAUUAAUCAGUUCACCCAAACGCUCGACAAACAAACGGCCACCCAGCUGUUUAAAAUUUUGGAAAAAUACCGUCCCGAAUCUGCGAUCGCGAAGAAGCAGAGGUUGAAGGCGAGGGCUGAAGAGAAGGCCGCAAAGAAAGAAGAUGCGCCCACGAAGAGGCCAAAUUGCAUCCGAAGUGGCGCCAAUGCUGUAACGACCCUCGUCGAGCAAAAGAAGGCUCAACUCGUCGUUAUCGCCCAUGACGUCGACCCCAUUGAGGUUGUCCUAUUUUUGCCAGCCCUUUGCAGAAAAAUGGGAGUUCCUUACUGCAUCGUGAAAGGCAAAGCUCGUCUGGGAAGACUCGUCAGGCGAAAAACUUGCACCGCUAUUGCUCUCACACAGGUCGAUUCUGGGGACAGAGCCAACUUUACAAAGGUCGUUGAAGCGAUCAAGACGAACUUUAAUGAUCGUUAUGAUGAGAUCAGACGUCACUGGGGAGGUGGUCUUCUUGGUAGCAAAUCUACUGCCAGGAUAACGAAACUCGAGAAAGCUAAGGCUAAGGAACUUGCCCAAAAGCAAGGUUAAACUGUUCCAAGUUUUCUUUCAAUAAAUAUUUGUAACAGGG